AGCUGUUUUCACUCCCUUUGGUCUAUGGAGCGAAGAUAAAUAACUUGAUUCUGAUGGGAGAAUGGUGGAGACUAGUGUCACCAAUUUUUCUGCACUCAGGAAUCUUUCACAUAGCCCUUGGUAGUUGGUUUCUCUUCAUUUUUGGGCUUGAAGUAUCUCAAAAAUAUGGUUCGUUUACAUUUCUCUUGAUCUAUAUUCUUGGAGGAUUCUCCGGAAACCUGAUUAGUUUUCUGCACACACCGGAGCCAACUGUUGGUGGAACGGGGCCUGUAUUUGCUUUAAUUGGAGCUUGGCUAAUUUAUCAAGUUCAAAACAGAGAUGUUAUUGCAACUGAGGCUUCUAAAAGCAUGUUUCAGAAGGCAAUUAUUUUUACAGUUCUAAGCUUUGUUCUAAGCAACUUUGGUCCAAUUGAUGACUGGUCACAUUUUGGAGCAGCUUUUACUGGUAUAGUUUACGGGUUUUUCACAUUAAUCCUAUGA